AUGGUGGCUUCCGGUGUAGAGAUUCUGGUUGGCGCCUUGGGCCUGGGCGGGUUGUUGCUGAGGGUCAUGGGACCGAUUUCCAUCACAUGUCUCAUUCUGCUCCUUGGAAUCUCCGCGCAGGGAUUUAUAUCUACCUUGGCUGAAAUCCAUUGGGGAGUGUCGUGCAUGAACAUCGUCGUCAUCAUCAUUUUAUCUCAGUACGUGAACAGAUAUAACGUACCAUUGCCCACAUGGAGCAGGCGAGGUGGAUUCAAAUUUGUGCCCUUCCCGCUGUUCGAACUCUUCCCAGUAUUGUUGUCUGUGCUAAUUGGCUGGAUCAUAUCCUACAUUUUCACCGUGUGUGGAGUGUUUCCAGAAGACAGAAGUCAGUACAGGGAUCCGUCUUUAAAGAUCUCCUUUGUUGUUACACUGACCGUGGCGAUUUUCGGCAGCAUGCUGGAAUCUAUUGGCGACUACGUACAGACGACGGUACAGAGCCGAGUGCCUGUCCCUCCCCCACACGCUAUUAAUCGCGGCCUCAUGGUGGAGGGGCUGGGGAGUCUUCUGGCUGGGGUCAUGGGAGCGGGCUACGUCACUACCUCCUUCAGCAACAUGAUAGGCAUCAUUGGAAUAACCAAGGUUCCCAGCAGACGGGCGUUCAUCAUAUCCGGUAUCUUCCUGAUCCUAAUGGGCAUCUGUGGGAAAUUAGGUGCUGUCUUCGUCGCCAUUCCCAAACCAGUUCUCGCAGGCCCAGUGUUCAUAUCCCUCGCUCUACUCGUCGGCGCAGCGUUAUCAAAUCUAAAGCAGAUUGACCUAUGGUCAACUCGCAGUCAAGGCGUUCUAGGCAUCGCCAUCAUGGCCGGAACUGUGAUUCCUACGUGGUUAAAAGAACAUCCGGGUACUUUUAAUACAGGCUCCCGUGAAGCCGAUAGCACGCUGAUGGCGUUCUUGGGGACACCUCUGGUGGUGGGCGUACUUGUGGCUAUUUUCCUGGACACAACUGUACCAGGAACUAGUCGGGAAAAGCGAUCUGCAACACUGACAAUAGACUUGGAAGAAGAUUCAGUUCCAAGGGAGACAACUUUAGGGCAAGCCGUGUCUCGUGACCUGUCUAUCUAUGAGCUACCUUUGGUGGGCCGAUGGCUGUCGGCCUGUCCAAUGUCCAGAUACAUACCAUUCCUGCCCAAUCCAUCCGGAUCUCCGGAUAGACAAAAGCCCAUCCAUUCUGUAUAUUUAGCCUAA